AUGGGCGCGGUGGAGGAAGCCUGUGCCUGUGGCGCCUCGCUACUCACAGUGAGGCUUUUGACGGAGUUGCUUCGCUACAGCAGUGCGUGUCGCCUGGCGAAGACGCUUGCGGCUCUCGUGGCAGGCGAACUCCCGAUCGAGCGAAACGACUGCAGGGGUCUAAUGACGGCGGUUAUUUUUGAGGGUCUGCAGGCUGCCGUUGCGCAGGGCCUGACGGAGCGUGACACCCGCCACUGGGUGCAUCCUGUGCUGGACGUUCAUCGCCGCGCCAACGUCUGCGAGGGAAAAGGGUCGCCAAAUUUGUCGUCUGCCACAUACACGCUUGCAGGUGUUGCACUCACGAAGGGUCGCGUCUUGGGAAUACUACUCGGCAAGAAUGAGGAGGACUCCAGGCAUGAGGUUCCUGUGGAUGAGUUGAGGCUGGCCGAGGAGGCCCCCCUCUUUCAUGACGAGCUGUUGCCAGCAGUCGAAUGCAUUCAACCGCGCCGUACCUCAAGGAGCGCGCCGAAUUGGUUUCUUGAAAAACUCUGCGGCGCAUCCACAAAGCUGCUUACUUCGUUUAACCAAAAGCGGCGUAAGGCUUGGGCGCUGACAGACAAACUGCUCAUUCUCUUCUACGAGGAGCGCAGGCGCUUGGCGGAGCUUAAAGCGUGCCUGAGGCGAGAGAGGACGGCUAUCGAGCUCAAGGAACUCACACUCACCCAACGCGACGGGUGUGACACGGUGCAGCUGAAAAUUCACAUCUGCGACAAAACUGACGAGGGGUGGUUUCAUGCCGUUUGUCCAAGUGAAACGGUGCAGCAGGAUUCGCACGAGGUACUCAUCACCUUGGAGAUUCAAGCGGAACACGUGGCCCGGUUGCGGCGGUUGGCCUCAUGCUGCGAGGAUGGCCACUUUGGUUUCUCCCUGGCUCUAGUUCUACUGCGGUACGCCGGGCUGAGCGGUGGGGAGUGGCAGCUGGAGUCCGGAUGGCACGCAGCUGUUCCCCCCGGUGUAUUUGCCUCGUUAGCCAGUGCCUUUCACGUGACAGUGGAAUGCUUCGCGAGUCCGUUGAAUUGCACGCUGCCGCGGUAUUUCUCCGCGUUUCCUGACACAGAUGCUUUCUUUGGUUCUUGCGGCAAUUUUUUUGCAUCCGCGCCGUCGCUGCCCUUGGAUGGCGAUUCGCUGUCACUUGAGGCGAAUCCGCCUUUCGACCAUGAGGUGAUUGGCGCCGGCUUGGAACGCGCCUUGCAGUGGCUGGAGGACACGCCAGCCACACGCCCACUGUCCUUUGUUUUUAUAUUGCCCGACUCGGCGCAAACCAACGGCAUCGCAGUGCGCCGGAACGCGGAGCGGAGUCGUUUUUUCCGCGGUGAUUGCGUUAUCGCUCCUCACCUGUCGAUGUACCUUCAUGGAGCUCGUCAUACUGAACAGCAGAUGAGGCGAAAACGUUCAUGGGACGCGUCUGGUGGUGAUGAGAAACUAGUUGUCUUGUCCUGUGCAACGAGGUUAUUGGUGCUGCAGAACGAUGCUGCUGCGGCCGUGUUCUCUGCCAGUGAAGGAAUAGCAAAGGUGCGAGCUGCCUGGGAGGCGUUGUCGUCUGAUGUGGCACUGUGA